AUGUCAAACACAAAGGAUCCUACUUCCAUCCCCGAAGGCCAGGUCAAAGACUCGACACAAGAUACUGCUUCCAAAGAGCAGCAGACUCCUGGUGCGUUCACAAUCCUUCAGCCGAGCUUGGCGCUUAUCGUCCCCAUUGCAGUCAAUCUUGAAUCAGUUCCCCGGAGCGCCACCGGCGUCGUGAACGAUGCCGGGGAUGUCCUAGACGAUGCCGGCAAAACCGUCGGCCACAUCGCAGACACCGACAACCUCAAGAACCUCGUCGGCAAUACCGUCAACGCCGCCGGCGAUGUUGUCAGCUCUACCGGCGACGUCCUCGGCAAGACUUUGCCCAUAAGACAGGGCAAGGAGGAGGAGGAGCACGAUUCGCACGACGAGGAACACAGCGAGUACACAACUCAGCCCGCUGAGAAGAAGUCGGGCGGCCUGGGCGAUACCGUUGGUGGUCUCACCGGUGCUGUCGGAAAGACUGUUGGCGGCGUCACUGAUACUGCUGGCAAGACCGUCGGCGGUGUCACUGACACGGCCUCCCAGACUGCCGGUGCCGUCGGCGAGACUGGCAAAUCAGCCGUUGGCGGUGUAACCGGUGGUCUCGGCCUUGGAGGCAAGUCAGAAGGCGAGUCUGAGACUUCCAAGGACAUCGAGGCCAAGCAGGAGGAGACAUCCGACGUCAAGAGCGAGAGCCAGAAGGACUCCACCAUUGGUCUCGAGGAUCGCGAUCUGCCCACCGGUGAGAAGGAGGCUCCCGAAACCCAGGAGAAACUCAAGGAGCUUGCUCCCGAGGAGGCCAAGGAGAAGACUACCGAGGGCGAAGAUGUCGUCAAGGAAGCUCAGCCCGAGGAGGAGACUGGCGACGACUUGACAAAGAAGCCCGAGGAGGCGACAGAAAAGGCCGAGGACGUUGUCAAAGAGGCCCAGCCCGAGGACAAGGAGGCACCAAGCAUCCCUGAAGGUGCUCCUCAGGAUGAGGCUCCCACAUCCGAGAUUCCUGAGGGCAAGGCACCCGGUGAGGAUGAACUCCCCGAGGGUAAGGAGGCUGAGGGUGAGCUCCCCGAAGGCGAGCUCCCUGAGGGCCAAGGCCCACCUUCCGAACUCCCCAAGUCUGAGGCCCCUGAAAUCCCCGGCGACGAGGAGGGUGAGUCAAAGGCUCCCGGCACCGAAGAUCUCAAAUCAGUUGCUCCCGGUGAGGAGGCCGCUGGCAAGCUAGGCGAGGAGGUGGAAGGUGAGGUUGCCGAGGGCGAAGAGAAGGCAGCCGAAGGUGAGGAGAAGCUUGCUGAGGGAGAAGAGAAGCUUCCUGAAGGCGAGGUCCCAGAAGACAAGCUUGCCGAGGGAGAAGAGAAGCUUCCCGAAGGCGAGGUCCCAGAAGACAAGCUCGCCGAACAAGAGAAGCUCGGUGAAGAGGGUGAGGAGAAGGCUGUCGAAGGGGAAGAGAAGCUCGGCGAAGAAGCUGAGAAGCUCCCCGAAGAAGAAAAGGUUGGUGAGGAGGGUGAGAAGCUUGGAGAGGAGGGUGAGGAGAAGCUCGCCGAGGGAGAAGAGAAGCUUGCCGAAGGUGAGGAGAAGGUUGGCGAGGUCGAAGGAGAAGUUGAGGAGCCCCUUGACUUCACCGUCCUCAAAGGAACCACCGUCGACAAGCAAGGAAACCUCGUCAACGACAAGGGCCACCUCAUUGGACGUGUCACCGAAGGUGAAAUCAAGCAACUCAUCGGUAUGAAGUGCGACGACGAAGGUGUCAUCUGGGGUGACUACGGCAAGCAACUCGGCAAGGCUGAGCCCCUCCCUGAAUGGGAGCGUGGCGAGCAGAAGGACUUUUCCGUCCUCAAGGGCACCACUGUCGACAAGGACGGCAACCUCGUGAACAACAAGGGUGAUAUCAUGGGUCAUGUCGUUGAAGGUGAGGUCAGAGAGCUCAUCGGCAUGAAGUGCGACGACCAGGGUAUCAUCUGGGGCGAUUUCGGCAAGAAGGCUGGAAAGGCUGAGCCUGUUGGCGAAUGGGAGCGCGGCGAGGAGAUAGACUUUUCUAUCCUCAAGGGCACCAUUGUCGACAAGGACGGCAACCUCGUCAACGAAAAGGGUCACUUGUUCGGUCGUGUCAUCGAAGGCGAGAUCAAGCAGCUCAUCGGUCUCAAGGCUGAUGAGAACGGCAAGAUCUGGAGCGAUGGCAAGGUCGUCGGCAAGGCAGAACCUCUCCCUGAGUGGGAGCGCGGUGAGCAAAAGGACUUUUCUGUGCUCAAGAACUGCAAGGUCGACGAGGCCGGAAACCUUGUCAACGACAAGGGAGACACUGUUGGUCGCGUCGUCGAGGGCGAGAUCAGACAGCUCAAGGGUCUCAAGUCAGACGAGAACGGCAAGAUCUGGAGCGAUGGCAAAGUCGUUGGUCGCGCUGAGCCUCUCUCCGAAUGGGAGCGCACUCAGAAGAAGGAUCUCUCUGUUCUCAAGGGCACCAAGGUCAACAAAGCUGGCAAGCUCGUCGACUCCAACGGUAACGUUGUCGGUAAGGUCGUUGAAGGUGAGCUGAAGGAGCUCAUCGGAAAGCGAUGCGACGAGAACGGCGACAUCUGGAAUGAUUCCGGUGAGGUGAUUGGAAAGGGAGACACGGUUUCCGCCGCUGAACGCGAAGACAAGGCGUUCGCUCCUUUCGAGAACUUCCCCGGCGCCACUGUCGAAGCUGAUGGCCGAGUCAUGUUUGAGGGCCGCCAGGUUGGUGAAGUCAUCGAGGGUGAUCUCAAGACUAUCAAGGGCAGCACCGUCGACGAGGAUGGUGAUAUCCUCGACCGCCGCGGCAAUGUUGUCGGCAAGGCCAAGGUUUGGGAGGAGCCCGAGCCCGAGGCCGAAGCCGAGGUUGACAAGUCUGCUCUCGCGGGCAAGCGUGUCAACAAGGCCGGCAACGUGGUCAGCCGUGACGGCGAGAUCUACGGCCGUGUUGUCGAGGGCCACAUUGGCUCUCUCGUCGGACGCAUGUGCGACAAGGAUGGAAACAUCCGAAGCGAGUCUGGCGACAUCAUCGGCAAGGCUGAGCUUGUGACUGAGGGCGAGCGCGAGGGUCUCAAGGAGGGACCUUUUGCCGAACUCCAAGGUUGCACUGUUGCCAAGGACGGCAAGGUCGUUACUCCUGCUGGCGAUGUCGUCGGCCGACUGACCUCUGGGGACCCCAAGGUCCUCUUCGGUCGCGCUGUUGACGACGACGGUGAGAUCCUCGACAAGAACGGCAAUGUCAUUGGCAAGGCCGAGCGCUGGGAGGAGCCUGAAGUCGAGAAGAAGCAGAACCCUCUGGCUGGCCGAAAGGUGAACCGUGAGGGUAACGUCAACGACCAAGAGGGCAACAUCAUUGGCAAGCUCACCAGCGGCGACCUCCUCGCCUGCGCUGGCAAGGAGAUUGACCAGGACGGUGAUGUCAUCAACAACAAGGGAGAGACUGUCGGUCACGUCUCCCUGCUCGAGGAUAUUCCUCCCGAGCCCGAGGUUGAGGAGGAGGAGCCUGGUGAGACUGAAGAGGAGAGGCUCAAGCGCGAGCAGGCCGAGGCCGAGGAGGCCAAGAAGCAGGAGCAGGCUGAGAAGGACAAGAAGCUUGCUGGUUCGCUCGCCUACGCCAUCAGCCAGACUCUGGACAAGAUCCGGCCCAUCUGCAAGCAGAUUGACGACAAGAUCAGUGCUGCUGAGGCUCAGCCCAAGGAGGAGCGUGAUGAGGAGGAGCUUGUUCGACAAGUCCGACCUCUGAUUGAGGAGGGUGGCAAGAUCUUGACCGAGACCAACGGUACCAUUCGAGGUCUUGAUCCUGAUGGCCGUAUCCAGAAGAACGCGAAGCAGAAGGUUGCUGGUGGUGAAGCCACUCCCGAGGAAGCUCAUCUCGCCGAGUUGCUCAAGGAGCUCACCGGAAGCAUUACUUCGACCAUCGACAACGCCAAGCGCAAGCUCGAGGGUAUGCCCCAUGCCAAGAAGGAACUCAACCCCCUGUGGGCUCUCCUCGCCGAGCCCCUCUUCCAGAUCAUCGCAGCAGUCGGUCUCCUUCUCAGCGGUGUUCUUGGCCUGGUCGGCAAGAUUGUAGGUCCCCUACUAGGUCCAAUCCUUGGUGGUCUUGGUCUGGGUGGUCUUCUCGACGGUCUCCUGGGAGGUCUUGGCCUUAACAAGGUGCUCUCGGGUCUUGGUCUCGGAGACGUUGUCGGUUCUCUGACCGGCAAGAAGAAGAAGUGA